UCGUCGAUGACGUCAUGGGUGUUGUUGUUCCGUCUUGUCAAGCGAAAAAGAUUGCCGCCAUUUUCGUUUCGCGACGAGGAAAAAAAAUCAACGCGUAGAAGCUUCCCCUUGGACGGGUCUACAACAACGAAAGAUCGACAAAUAGACACAAAACUACUCAAGGAUCAGGCUUAUCAAGUUCUUUACCCAAAAUAAAGGAAAUACGGACUGAUAUCUUCAUGUAUUCAUUUGAAGAAGCGGUCGACGUUUUGUUAUUUGGAGUCACCUUUGGACGGAAACCUCGACAUCAAAAGCCUUCAAGUAGUUGUAAUUCGCAUCGAAUAUACUCCACGAACUGUUGAAAAAGUAAAGCUAUUGGACUUGCAUAUAACUGUGGUCCGUUUUGACUGCAAAAUCUUGCCUUAAGGAAAUAAUUUAAAGGAAAGAACUCGACGCUAAAGAAAAAAAGCUGAUUAAGUUAAUUUUGUAAACACAACGAAAAUGAAGUUUUUGGAGAACGCUCGCUUGGACACAAUGAGCGCCAUGAUUUCCACAGAUACAGGCGACAGCAGAAUCGAAGGAAGGAUUGAGAGUUACUCAUGUAAAAUGGCUGGUAACGAUAAAAAACUGUACAAGUCACUGAAUGAGGGCAGUGCCCCAAAUGACCUUCAGGCCUUGUCCCCAUCACAGACAACCCAGAUGCCAUUGAGCGUAUCACCCACUCACAACCCUGUAGUGGUUUACCCAGACCGCGUACGCACCCUUAGCACCAGUAGCCAAGAUGGGGAAGCAACACUGUGUGACACAAUAAGCCGCAAGACUCUGUUUCAUCUGAUUUCCACACUGAACGCCUCAUUCUACCCUGAUUAUGACUUCAGCAAUGCAAAGUCUGAUGAGUUUUGUCGCGAACCAAGCCUUCAGGUUGUUGUCGAUACAAUAAACGGCAAUUUAGCAGCCAACAUGGGGGAGCAGUUCUUAAGUUUGAAGAAUGCUCUAUGGUCAGCCAUCGAUGAGGAGAUUCAGCUGGUAGACUGUGAUAUCUUCAGCUACAAUCCUGAUCUGGACUCAGAUCCCUAUGGAGAAGAGGGAAGUAUGUGGUCUUUCAACUACUUUUUCUACAACAAAAAGAUGCGAAGAACACUUUUCUUUACCUGCCGGGCAAUUAGCGUAAGCAGUGCUCAGCUGCAGUCAGAUGAUGAUGAGCAGUUUUUUAUGGAGCCCAUGGAAAUGGGUUUGGACAGUGAAAUGAACAGGAGUUCACCCAUUGUUCUGUGAUGGUUGCAAGUGCUUUAGCCUCCAGGCUGCAUCAGGCACUAAGAGUUACCAUUCUGCAGUAAUUUAAAAGUAACUUUACAGUAUUAUAAAGAAAAUGUUAAUAGUUUUAGUUGCUACACUAAAAAGUAGCUUGGCUAAUGGAGAAAGUGUUUUUUUAAACCAUGUAAAAAAAGUGUAUAAUAGUCAAACUGUAUAAGGCAAGUCAUCAUAAAAGAAAACAGAGACAUUAGAAUGUGUUAGUGCUAAAGAAGCUUAGGUGUAUUUCACAUGUUUAUAAAAACCACUCUUUUAAAAAUUUGAGUAAACCUUUCUCCAAAUAGUUUAUGUAAGUUAUUAGUCCUUGCCUCUGAUAUUGAUGCUGGUGUUUCGUUUUUAUUUUUUGUUUUUCUAGCUGCUAGGUUGCAUGAAACAAUGUUUGAUGUCUUGAAGUGGCAUUUAUGAUAUUUUGUGACUUUGGAAUCAUAAAAAAACUUUUAACAGCUUUAGCGGUUGUCUAUAAAGCAUUUUUAAUGAACAUUUUAACUUGGUUGAACUUGUAUUAUAUCUAAGGCAAGCAUGAAACUAAAUAGCUUUUAGAACAAAAAUAUCAUACAUGCUUUGUUAUAUAGUGCAAGAUGUAAAGAGGGAAUCCUCGAUAAAAGGACAAAUUUUGUCUA